UCUCCUGCCCUUCCCCUCUACUAGAAGGCUGACAAAGAUGCCUUAGGCAACAAAGUAGAUUUCAGCCAGUUUGAAGAGAACGUAGAAUGGAUGGAUGAGAGGAUGCAGGAGCUGCAGAGCCAGAUUUCAGGCCAGGAGGAGCACUGGAACAAGAUGCAGCAGCAGUUCAGCGAUGCAAUGGAAGAGAAGCUGGAUCGCCUGGAGCUGAAGGCUUUCCGUAAACGCCUGGAGGAGUCCUGGAACAGAAACAUAGAGGAUCUUGAGAAGAGGAUGAUGGGUGAUACUGGUGCUGGGAUUAAGAAGCAGCUGCCAGUCCCUUUCUCGUGCCUGUCCUGUGACCGCAUGCUCACCAUGCACGUUCCUGGCCAGAAGCCCGAGACACUCCCAUAUUUGCAGCCACUGUUCCCCAGCAAGGAGCCACAGUACAGCCAAAGGGGGCUGGCGGUCCAUGGCAGUGUCCCCCGUGUGCCUCAGAGAUAUGAGGACCAUCAGAACACACUGCCACCCAUUCAGGAUUCUCUCCAGAGCUCAGAAUUUCUGCAGGGACACAGGACCCUCGCCAAAAAGUCCAGAGUGACCCGCGUGCUGGGCAGUUGUGGACACACCUGGAGGGGCUGUAAUGAGCAGAUUCCUGUGGUGACCAGGACACCGCAUGAGCCAGGCCCUGCUGCCCCACGGGGUCACCGGCCAGGCACGAUCCCCAAACACGUCUCCAGGGCAUCAGGGCUCCUCCAGCACCAUGAGACUUGGACAGCCCUCAAGUAGCUGGACAGGACUGGGAACCCGGUGAUGCACCAGGAACGUCUUCUCAGCCGAAAGUCUGACAAUAGCUGUCAGAGAAAUAACACUUUCAUUUUAUCAAGUUAAUAAAUAAACUUUCAAAAAUACA